AUGUUUCUAUCUAUCUUCUAUCUAUCUAUCUAUCUAUCUAUCUAUCUAUCUAUCUAUUUCAGCCUUAUUUCUGUCUCAUUAGGUUUAUAUCUAUCUAUAUAUCUAUAUUUCAAUCAGUCCAUGUCUAAGUCAAUUUUCUAUCUAUCUAUCUAUCAUGUGGCGUCCCGUUGUGUCACUGGCACGACUCUCAUUGUUCAUCUCGGAUUUAUCAAUGGUAGCACAGCCCGAUUCAUCAUAGUGUCAGUUCUUUUCGUCUCUUAUAUUACUCAAUUGGUCGAAGGGCUUUUUGUUUACUUUAUCCGUCUCCUUUACUUUUCGCUCUUUUUUUUUAAGAGUAGAUUCUUUUUUGUUUUUAAUUACAUUUACUUUCUUUCUGUAUCUUUUUCUUUCUACUUUCUUUCUUCUUCUGCUUCUUUCUUUGUUUCUUUCUUUAUUCUAAUCUCUUCUUCUUCAAUCGAUUUGUUCUUCUUUUUCUUCUUCAUUGGAUUUUUUCUUAUCUUUCAUUCAAUCAUACAUUUAAUUCAAUCGUUUUUUUUUCUUUUUCAAUGGAUUUCUUCGUCAAUGGAUUUCUUUUUCUUCAAUCAAGUCUUUCUUUUCAUUAAUUUCUUCACCUUUUUACUUCUUCAAUCGAUUUGUUCUGUUUCAAUCCAUUUUUAUCUUCUUCAAUCAAUUUUUCUUCUUCUUCAAUCGAUUUCUUCAAUCGAUUUCAUUUUCUUUUUCUUCUUCUUCAAUCAAUUCAUUCUUCUUCAGUCAAUUUCUCCUUCUGUUUCAAUCCAUUUUUCAUUUUCUUCAAUCAAUUUUUCUUCUUCAAUCGAUUUCUCAUUUAUUUUUUCAAUUAAUUCUUUCUUUUCAAUCAAUUUCUUCUUUUUUCUUCUUCAAUCGAUUUCUUCUCUUCAUUCGAUUUUUCUUCUCUUUCAAUCAAUUUUUCUUUUUCAAACGAUUUCUUUUUUUCAAUCGAUUUCUUUUUACUCAAUCGAUUUCUACUUUUUCUCCUUCAAUCGUUUUCUUCUUUUCUUCUUAGUCGUUUUUUUUCUUCUUCUUCUUCUUCUUCUUCUUCUUCUUCUUCUUCUUCUUCUUCUUCUUCUUCUUCAGCUAUUAUCAUCACUCAGUCCUCUUUCCCGAUUUUCUAAAGUUUCGGGAGUUUGGUUGAAAACUGCAAACCCGGCUCCAUACAAUUAUCUCUCUCUCACUCUUUCUUUCUUUCUUUCUUUCUCUCUCUCUCUCUCUCUCUCUCUCUCUCUCUCUCUCUCAUUCUGGCUUACGGCCAUAUCACGUUGA